GGCGGGCUACACAUGGGCGAUUUCUGCGAUCGAGCUAGGCGAGCUGUCUGUGUCACCGGAGGUCAUAGAGGUUUCCGGAUAUGCCUACUACAGGGAAAAAGUCAUCGAGACCGUAGAGAAAGAAAAUCACCAACGAACUCGAGGCUGAUGAAAUAGGCCUAAAUAGGUCCAAGUAAGGAAAUGCAACAGCCAAGACCAACUCAGUCUGGGAGCUACAGCUACCAGCAAGGCCAGCCCCCUGGUGGAAUGUAUAACCCAGUACAAAAUCAAAUAGGAGGGCAGCCUAGCAAGGAUCAAUUCGGAUCUGGGUUUAGGCCGCCACCAGGGCAAGUGCAAAACAGGAUGCCUGGUCCACCACCCACUUCAUUUGGACACAAUGCACCCUUAAUGAACUCUCACCCUCAGGGGUCACCAGGCAAUAGAGCAAUGGGGCCACCAGGUAAUAGAGCAAUGGGGCCACCACAGCAUGGCUCACAACUGAACUUUCAUCCAUCUGGUGGACCACAAUAUAGAGGGCCACCUCCUCCUGGUGGUAGAAGUCCAUCAAACAUGGAUUCAGUGAGUACUCCUGGAAAAGGUGGACCACCAACUGUAAACCAACUUAAUUUUCAAACAAAUUUAUAUGGUGGUCAGUCACCGUCUAACUGGCAAGGAAACCGGAAUACUAUUGGGCCACCACCUACAGGUGGACCCGAAACCACUUCGUUUGGGCCAUCUCAAAAUAAUGUUCAACCAAGCCCAGGUGGUGUACCACAAAUGAAUUUACCACCAACGACAUAUGGACCCCCAAUGAAUUCAUCGCCACGUCAGGAGAUGAAUGGUUCAGGCCAAUUGCAUGUUCCACCAACUAUGCAUCGUACCGCCUCAUCUUCCUCCCUCGGUGGGCUGCCUGGGCCCAAUUAUGAGUUUCAUCGUUCUUUGUCUGCUACGAGUAUGGAUGGCCUUCUGCUGGAUGUUACAGGUCCGUCAUCAGCACGAUCUUCAGCAGCGCCCUCUCCGAUACCCGGAGUAAGGUACGACUAUUUGGAAGGUGGCACUCCAUUCACCUCAGCAGGUAUGCAGCAACCACCCAGAGGUCCUGCACCAGUUGGCCGAAUGCCACCCCCAAUGGGUGGACCCCAAGGCUCUAUGCCUCCACCAUCUGGUCCCAUGCACUCAUCAUCAGACCCCAUGCAACCACCAUCAGGCCCAAUGCCACCACCAUUGGGCCCAGUGCCACCACCAACAGGUCCCAUGCCACCUCAACCUGGCCCUAUGCCUCCACAGCCUGGCCCUAUGCCUCCCCCUACUGGUCCAUUGCAGAUAGGCAUCCAGGCACCCCCAUCUCAAAAUAUGAGUAUAGCAGGAAGGAGACAAUAUCCUAGUCAAUCUUAUUUAACUGGUCCCCAAAAUCUGCCAUAUCAAGGAGGACAAGCCCCGGCCCAACCACCAGGAAUGAUGGGAUCUGGUAUGGGAGCUGUACCUCCAAGCACCCCACCAGGAAAUAUUCAACAGCCAAUGAUGAAUAAUUUGACUGCAGGAGUAGGGAAAAUGAAUCUUCAGCCGAAUGAUGCAAGGCCUGUGAAUCUUAUGCAAGAAAGGCAUAUCUUACCAAAAACACCUAUUGAGGCCCCAAAACCUAAGCUUAGUAAUGGAAAUCAGAAAACUAACGUUAGCCCAGACUUGUUUUGUUGCACGCUGACUUCAAUACCACAGUCGCAGUCGUUGCUCCAAAAGUCCAAGUUACCAUUAGGUGUUUUAAUUCAUCCUUAUAAAGACCUUUCACAUUUACCUGUAAUUCAAUCAAGUGUGAUAGUUCGGUGUCGUUCCUGUAGGACGUACAUCAAUCCAUUCGUUAAUUUCAUUGAUCAACGUCGCUGGAGGUGCAAUCUUUGUUUUAGGGUUAAUGAUUUACAAGAAGAGUUCACCUUUGAUCCAGUGACCCGCACAUAUGGUGACCCUUCAAGGCGACCUGAAAUCCGAUCAUCCACCAUUGAAUUCAUUGCACCUUCUGAGUAUAUGUUGCGUCCACCCCAGCCUGCUGUGUACCUGUUCUUAUUAGACGUGUCAUUCAGUGCUGUACAGUCGGGCAUCUUGUCCAUAUUCUGUCAAGUACUCCUAGAUGAACUGGAACGCUUGCCUGGAGACGGGAGAACAAAGAUUGGCUUCAUCAGCUACGACAGUACGCUGCAUUUCUACAACAUGCAAGAGGGCGCCACACGGCCACAGAUGAUGGUGGUAUCAGAUAUCGAUGAUAUAUUCUUACCAUUACCAGGUGACCUGUUAGUGAAUCUUAACGAAUCAAAAGAACUUGUUCAAGAUCUUUUGAACCAAUUACCCACUUUGUUUCAAAACAAUAAAGAAACGCAGUCAGCACUUGGACCGGCUCUACAGGCAGCAUACAAACUACUGGGCCCAACUGGUGGACGUGUCACUGUGAUUCAGUCUUGCCUGCCAAGCACUGGCCCAGGAGCCCUGAAAUCCAGAGAAGAUCCAAAUCAACGAUCAUCUAAGAAUGUUGCCAACUUAGGCCCAGCCACGGACUUCUACAAAAAGAUGGCUUUAGACUUCUCAGCUCAGCAGAUUGGAGCAGAUCUGUUUCUGUAUAGUUCACAAUAUGCUGAUUUAGCCACGCUCGCUGGUGUUGCCAAGUUUUCUGCUGGUUCUCUGUAUUACUUCCCGAGCUUGCACACUAAAGCAAACCCAGUCCAGGCAGAACGCUUUGAAAAAGAUUUCCGGCGCUACCUGACACGAAAGAUCGGCUUUGAAGCCGUCAUGAGGAUACGCUGUACAAAAGGUCUUGCUUUACACACAUUCCACGGCAAUUUCUUUGUGCGGUCAACUGACCUGCUGUCUCUGCCCAACGUCAGUCCGGAUGCUGGCUAUGCGGUACAGAUGUCCAUUGAGGACACGCUGACAGACUCGCAGACCGCCUGCUUUCAAGCGGCACUCUUAUACACAAGUAGCAAAGGAGAAAGACGAAUCAGGGUUCAUACGAUGUGUUUACCAAUAACAAAUCAGCUAUCGGAGGUUUAUGCAGGCGCUGAUUCGCAGGCUAUUGUUGGCUUGCUGUCACGAAUGGCUGUGGAUAAAUGUCAGUCGUCGUCAAUGCAGGAUUCUCGUGAUGCUAUUGUGAAUGUUUGCAUCGAUUCAAUGAUGGGUUUUAAGGACACGCUACCUGCGAGCCAGACCAUUGGUACGCUGUCUAUACCAUACAGCCUUCGUCUGCUUCCACUGUAUUCUUUAGCUUUGUUGAAAAAUAUUGCAUUUCGUCUGGGUUCGAGCACUAAACUGGAUGAAAGAGUCCAUGCUAUGGAGAUGUUUAAGAGUCAGCCACUAGGCUUAAUUAUGUUACAGGUGUAUCCAAGCCUUUAUGCUGUUCACAACCUAACUGAUGAGGGCUCUGUGUCAGAAAAAGAUGUGGAUGUACCGCAGCCGGCAUUGUUAGGCCUUUCUGCCGAGUAUCUGAGUCGUGAUGGUGCAUUCCUCAUGGAUAGGGGAGAUAUGAUGUACUUGUUUGUACAGACUGCAAUUUCAUCCCAGUUCUGCCAGGAUAUCCUUGAUUGUCAAGAUUAUAAUUCUAUUCCAGAUGACAUGAUUGAACUACCAGUUUUAGAAAACCCUACUUCAGAGCGGCUUAGGAACUUUAUUGGUUGGUUGCUAGGUAAAAGAGCAACACACGCUCCACUCCAAGUAAUCAGAGAAAACAGUCAAAAGCGUGUCUUGUUAGAUGUGUAUAAGAGAAACUAUAUGUGA